AUGACUGAUCGGAUGCGCCGCCCAGAUCAACAGCAGACCGCCUCGCGGCCACGUCUGAGCUCUGCGUACGACGAACACGGCCGUCUAGUUCCGGCAACGUCACUAUCGCUCACUUCGGGAGCCACACCCUCCUUGAACACGGCAGCUCGCACACGCCUCAAUUCGACCACCGCCGCCUCUUCCACCACCCCUCUUUCGAGCUCUUCCGGUGCACGCUCACGCACCAUGUCAUCAGCAUCGAGGCUAUCCGCCACCUCAUCGUCAUCUCCGCGGUACGAACCCUCUACCGAGCCUCGCAACAUGACGGAUCGCGCCUACGCCACCCUCGGCUCCAGACCAACGCCUUCGUUGAUCGCACAGAGCCCCUCACAUUCCUCAACGACCACGUCGCGUCGAACCUCGUGGACCCCGCAUAAGCUCUCUCAAUCCGGGGCGCCGUCGCUCGUUGAUUUCGAUCCAAAUCUCUCAGCCUCUUCCAGCUCCACCAACAUCGUCGGCAAUACCCCUUCCUCCACUGCAUCGCUCUCCCGACCUUCGACCGGCUCGAGGAUACCGUCGUUCGGUCGCACCGCUUCUUCGCAGCCUCGACUUGGUGAUGCCCUCCUCGGCCAACGCAAAGCCAGCGACUCUUCGUCUCGGCCUCCCACGCUCGCGUCGUCUGCAUCCAGUUCGUCCCUCACCUUCCCAGCUCGUUCCGACUCGCUCGCGCGCUCUUCACGCCUGGCAAGCAACGCCGCUUCUGCCUCGAUGAGCUCCAGCAGCUCGGUCAGCAGCGUAUCCUCCAUAUCGCGUUCCACCAGCGGCUCCAUGGGUCCACCUCAACUCACUGCAUCCAGGUCUACCAGCUAUGUCGCACGCAGAGCCAAUGAUCCCUCCCAAACUGCCGCCUCCGGCCUCGGCCAAGCUCAACAGCCACUCAUCUCGCCGUCGCUCACCGACUUUGGUCCUGCCUUUGGUGCUGCCCUGUUCGAGAACGAUGGCAUAUCAUCACGGAAGCGUCCGAGCGCUUCCAAUCUCCGCGACAGCAGCAGCAUUGCAGAGGUCGAAGAACACGACGACGAUAGCCACACACCACAAGCAUCGUCUGCGCCGUUUCCGGGCUCAGAUACGCGCAAUGCCUCGUUGUCCGCCAGCAAAGCACGUCAUAUGCAUCUUGGCCUUCGUGAAUCGCCCAGCCUCUCGUCGCACUUCUCCAACUUUUCGAGCGCACUGCACACGCCCGAAGCCUCAGAUGACCCCAGCAAAGUGCUCGGUCGCCCAGCCGCUACGCAAAGGUCCUCGCGUGGCGAGGGCAGCAAUGGUCUCGGCAUCGGACUUCCUGAUCUUGCCUCGGAAGUACGAAACAGACAGGCGGCGGCGGACCAAGUCGAGACCCUCCAGACGCCCGAGAAGUUUGGCAUCCAGAGCCGCACGCCAAGUGGCACGCCUCGUGUCUACGAUCGAGCGGGACAGAUCGGCAUUGGCGAGCUAGCUACGCCUCGCUGGAACUUUCCUUCCACGGCGUUGCCCGGUUGGAAGCCGGGCGCAGACGCCACUCCGCUCUCUGCUUCCAAGAUGGCACAACGGCGCAACGUCAGUGGCGCGCUGACCGACGAUGGCACUGCACCCGAGUCAAUGACCACGUCCUUACCAAAGGACCAACGAUCUGCUCUGCAACAAAAUAUCGACGUUCAAAAGUCAGACGGUCCACAAUCACAACCGCGACGAGGCGAGACCGCACGCCAUUCGCGCUCCAUCUCGUACUCGUCGAUCAACAGCUUGCAGCGCCACGCUCUGCGCGACCCCAAUCAGUUUCUUUCCAGCGUCCCCAUCAGCCCGUCGGUGCCAGGCAGACACUUGCCGCUCACCGGCAGCCAGUCCCUCCAUGCCUUGGCUCGUGGCUACCCAGCUACGCAGUCCGAGUUUAUGGCCGAGCUCGAUGGAGUAGCGGCAAGCAUCGGUGCCGUCCCCGAGAGCCCGCCGUUCUCGAUCAUCGCACGCACGGAAUCCGACAACAGCCUCGCACAGCACGAUUCCAGCGACGUCUCAUUUGCAGCGUCGAAGAGCGGCGCAACUCAGAAAGAGGCGCACGCGACGGCAGCAGAAAGAUCACCGGCCAUCGGUGACCUCUCGUGGUCGGCAGGCGAGACUGGGCCGUUCGACGGCGCUACAACUGGACUCGGCAUCGAAGCUUCCAAAUCAAUGCCUUUUGGCGACGCCAACUUUGGCAAUGGCAUGGACGACGAGGAAUGGCGUCAGAGCUUCGACUUGAACGCUGCGAUCACGGAUCUGCUCAACGAUCACGACGAGCUCCAUCGACGUAGGCAAUUGCGAGACCGAGCAGCGUCAGAUGCUUCCGAGCUGGGCUCCACUGCAGCGUCACGCAGUUCUGCACGUCUGAGGUCCGACUCUCUGAAGCAGCCAGAAGAGGCUGGCGUCACCGGUCUCAUGUCGAGCAUAGGUUCUUCCCGUACGCCGCUCGCCGGAGCAUCAGACAGCCAGCGUAGCGCCGCGGCAUCGGCACGCGGAGAACGUCUGAUGAGCACCGGUGCUUCUUCCCAAAACCUCACUUCGGCAGCCACCUCCGUAGCGAGCUCGGCUGCACCUAGCACGCCCAGAACGUCGCGCAACAGCGCCUCGUUCCGCAGCAAGCGCGCAUCUUCGGCCAGCAUCGGCCAAUCGCUUUUGCGAGGCUCAGUCCCCUUCGGCCACGCCGACGAGUACGAGAGCCGUCUCAACUCGCGCGAGGAUGCUGCCGCUGACGCGCUUCGCAAGCUGGACGGACUCGGCAGCACUCCGAGAGCAAGCCGCGAAGGCAGAACCGACACCAAGAGCCCUCGCAAUAGUCGAAUUUCGUCGCGACCUGGCAGUGCAGGUCGAAGGACGCCUGGCAACAACAGCCGGGCCUCUUCGCCGACCUCUCGAAGUCGACGUUCUAGCAACUACGAUGCGUCUUCGCGAUCCGGUGACAAGGCCAGGCCGGCAGACGACGCCGCGGCCCGAAACAGUCUCCGAGCUUCCAAGUUGGUUGCGCGCGUGCGAACGGCAGACGAUGGAAGCACUUCGUCGGCCAAUACCUCUGGAGACUCGGUUCGCACCUCGGCCUACUCGAGCCCGCGUCUGCGUCGGUCGCAGCUGCCGCCGCUGCCUCAAAAUGAGAUCACGCAGGGGUCGCGUAAAGCCUCGGCAGCGACGGUCAACAACGGGAAGGACCUGUCCGCCUCGGCGAGCCCGCUCAUCGGGACGCCCGUGAUCUCGCGCAGCGUUUCUCGCACCAAACGCAUGAGCGGCAACAGCGACGCUUCGGGAGCUGCUUCGGAUGCGGGUCGCCUCGAUGCUUCCGCUGGUGUCUACGACGAUUCGGAUGCAAGCCGUCAUGCGGCCAUUCCGCCGGUGCCGCCGCUGCCAAAGGUGUGGGAAGGGUCUCGCUCGAGCUCGCUCACCUCGGAAGCAUUCCGAGCUGCUUCAGCGCACACGCCAAGCAUCACGACGAGCCACAGUUUCGUCUCGUCUGUCAGCGGCGGCGGCGGCGGUGGUGGAGAUAGCGACAAGAUGCCGACACCCAGAUCGCCGCUCAGUCCGCGCAUCCAGGAACUCGCCGAGAUGGCUGCGCUUGCCGUGCGCAAGCCGAGCACGGGUACGCUCAGCAACAGUACAUCCAUAGGCUCGUCGACGCACGACGUGUCGGCGCAGUUGGCUGCAGCAGAGCCGAUGGAAGAGAUGAUCGCAUCUUCUGAUCCUCCUGCGACCGAAUUCGCAGCCAUGACCGUGACCGAUGCCGCGAGCGGAGAUGUGUCCACCUCUUCCCUGUCGCGAUCCAGAUCGAGAUCGAGCGCCUUGCGUCGUGCCAGCGUGGCAUCUCUCAGCCGACUCAUGCGCACAUCGCAGAAGGACAAGGAUGCGGAUCAGGCGUCGAUCGAUUCAGCAACACCGUCCAACGCUGCCUCGGCAGAGCCUAGUACCAGUCCGAAAGUUGGCCGCUCCGCGUCGUUCUUCAGUCGAACACCCAAGUCAAGCGACAGCGCGUCGGUCACGGACUCUGCCAACACGCAAGACAGCGGUCGCCUCUCGCGCAAGUCGUUGCUGGGGAUGGCGGGAGGCUUGCUGAGCCGUUCGGGUUCGAGGCGUCGCGCGGCAGCUAGCAACACAGACGCUGCAGCGGCUAGUCCAGCUACCGCACGUGCUUCCGAGGCGGGCUCGCUUACCGGCGGGUCGCAGGCACCCUCUUCUCCUGUGCGCAGACGUGGACAGUCGAUCGUUUCCGCCGGCGGCAAGUCCCUGCAGAGGCCGUUGGUAGCCACUUCGAAGGCCAGCAACGGUGUCAGUGCUGCGGGCCCCGCGGGGUCGGCAUCUGCUCAGACGCCAUCACGAUCUGCGAGGACCAUCGCCAUAAGCGGUGUGCCCUCGUCGAGUCCCAGUGUGAGCAGCCGCACCGUCUCUCCCACCAAAUCCGCUUCGCUCUCAAGCCGUAUUCCCCGAGUGGCGACCAUGAAGGCAAUCCCGCGAAGCACGGCGUCCACCUCUGCAUCUUCAGACGCGGGCGGAGUAAGCGUGAUGCGCGCUGCUGCCGCUGGUUCCUCGUCGAUCCCGAUGAGCAAGUCGCACCACCCCACGCUGGCGGCCAGCAUGGGCAUGACGGCGCCGACGCAACCAUUCGACGACGACGACGACGACGACACCAGGUCCAUCGCUGGCUCCGACACAACGGCCGGCACCGCUAAGCACAGCCAUGCCUCGUCGAAGGUGGCGCCGUCGCCCAGCACCGCUCAAGUGUCGAGCAGCUUGAUCCCCAUUCUCAACGCGUAUGCAGCGGCGAAGACGCCUGCAGAGAUCGAGGGCGUGUUGAGGCGUGCUCGCAUCGCUGCCUACUCAUCGACGCUCACUCCUAGCGAUCGCGAGGUGCUCAACAGCCUCGCUGAACGCAAGGAUCGACAGAAGAGGGUUGCCAGCCCGUCGUCGUCGGCUGUCGGCAGUGACAAAAGUGUUGCUCGUACCGCAAAGUCCAGCAGCACUGCUGCUGGGGCAGCAACGUCGAGCUCGAACGGAGCCACAGCGCCGUCGCCGGCGACCGCGGCGAGCAGCGUCUUGGUGCCGGUGCGCAAGACGCGUGCCUCGCUCAACACCGCCUGUGCCGUUCCACGCACUUCCAAGACAAGCACCCUGCCAACGCCUGCUAGCGAACGCCUCACCAAGAUCAGCAGCAGCAGCUCCACCGCUGCCAGUGGCACGUCUACUGCCGCAACCGCCAUCUCUGCACUCGCACGCCGCAGUCCCGCCUCCCCCGAAGCAGCCGCGUCCACCGCCUCUGCCCGCGCCACACCCAUCCAAGACGAAGAGGAGCGUCUCGGAGACGCCGAGAUGGAAGACUACAUCCGGCGUCAACAGGCGCGCAAGCUCGCCGCCGGUGCCUCGCAAGCCGAGCUCGACAAGAUGCUCGAAUUCCCCGAGCCUGUGGCUCCGAGCCGUCAGCUCUCUCCGCGUCAAGCCGAGGUGAUGUACGGCAACAAGAUGUCUCCGUUCGAGCUGCAGGAGAUCUUCAACUACACCGAGAUCUGGUACUGCGGUCAGAACGCCAGAAGGAAGCAUGCGGCGGUAGUGGAGAAGCCGGAUCAGAACCACGGAUAUGACGAUGAGAGGGGGGAUUACAAUGUGAUCAGCAAAGAUCAUUUGGCUUUCCGGUACGAGAUCAUCGAUCUGUUGGGCAGGGGAUCUUUUGGACAGGUGCUGCAGUGUUUGGACCACAAGACGGGCAAGACGGUGGCGAUCAAGCUGAUCAGGAACAAGAAGAGGUUCCAUCACCAGGCGUUGGUGGAGGUGAGGAUCCUGGAGAACCUGACCAAGUGGGAUCCGGAUGAGCGGUACAACGUCAUCAAGAUGACCGAGUCGUUCUUGUUCCGAAACCACCUCUGCAUCGCCACCGAGCUGCUCAGCAUCAACCUGUAUGAGCUCAUCAAGGCGAACAGCUUUGCCGGAUUCACGACCAACCUCAUCCGGCGGUUCACCUCGCAAGUUCUGCAGUCGCUAAUUCUGAUGAAACAGCAUCGGAUCGUACACUGCGACUUGAAGCCGGAAAACAUCCUGCUCUGCCAUCCGCGCAGGAGCGGCAUCAAGGUGAUCGACUUUGGCUCGAGCUGCUUCGAAAACGAAAAGGUGUACACCUACAUCCAGUCACGCUUCUACCGCAGUCCGGAGGUGAUCCUGGGUAUGAACUACCACACUGCGAUCGAUGUGUGGAGUCUCGGAUGCAUCAUUGCGGAAUUGUAUACCGGCUACCCGCUGUUCCCGGGGGAGAACGAGCAGGAGCAACUGGCAUGCAUCAUGGAGGUGCUGGGCGUUCCGGAUCGGUACCUGAUCGAGAAGAGUUCGCGGAAGAAGCUAUUCUUUGACAGUACGGGGCAGCCGCGGCCGGUAGUGAACAGGGAAGGGGAGGGGUGUGAAGGAAAUUGCGGAGAGUGGGGUGGGGAGAGGCGGACUGUCGAGUUUGAUGAAUGCGUUGCCGAGGAAGACGGUCAGUUCGAGCGCAAGGGUCGCAGGCACAGCGGGGAAGGCGGCCACGACGACGACGACGACCACUGCGACGGCGACCACAACUCCGAGGACAAAGGCGUUGUCGGCGAGAGCCUCGGCGGUCAACGGUGGAAGCAGCAGUAG